AUGGAUGACCAAGACCAGCCCGUUCUUACGGCCGUGUCGAGUUCAGCGCGUCAGCUGUACCAGCUACUGCGAUGUAUCGCCUUUUCAAACAAAGCGCACGUCCAGAUUAGCGACAUAGGCCUCAAACUUGCCGUCGAUGAAGCAAGUGUCAUGGAAGCGUCCGCCUUCCUUGACAAAUCCCUCUUUACAACCUACACCUUCAACGAUUCUGACGAUGCAUCCGAACCGACGCCCGUCUUCCAAAUAUCGCUGCCUGCCCUUCUGGAGACACUUCAAAUAUUCGGCCUCACCGACCCCGCCAAUUCCAAACCACCAUGGGCCCGCGACGCGCCUUACCCCACCAGCACUGCCUUUACAGGCAACAACAUAAUGAAUGGCAUGAACAACAUGUGUCGCAUUAGUUAUCAAGGCGAGGGUUCUCCACUAGCAGUCACAUUGACGGAAUUGAGUAUACGCACGCAAUGCGACUUGACAACCUAUAAGCCUGAAUACGCCGACGAGAUUCCGUUUGAUCGCGAUGCCCUUGUGCUCAAGGUCAUCAUGCGAGGCAGCUGGCUUUAUGACGCGAUCCAAGAACUAUCAUCUACGAGCCCAGAAAAGCUGACCAUGUACGCCAAAACCGUGCGCGGAAAGCCCUUCUUCGCACUCUCGUCAUCAGGCACACUAGGCUCUGCACGCGUCGAAUUCAACAACCAGCUUCAACCCUCUGCAUAUCGCACCCCAGCAUCCACAAACCUCAACGCGACUAGUGAUACAGCUGCGGUCCCUCCAACAAACCUUCUUGAGAGAUUCCAGCUCAGUGAUCCUGACACCGUCUUUCGCUCAAGCUACAAGUUCAGCUUGAUACAAAAGGCCGCACGUGCAAUGAGCGUCGCUAGCAAAGUCAGCAUACGCGCAGACACACAGGGUGUGCUGAGUCUGCAAUUCAUGAUUGAAGUCGAGAGCCCCGCUCCUGGCCCGGGUACUAGUGGUGCAGGAUCACUUGCAGCUGGCAAAAACGGGUUUGUAGAUUUUCGCUUCGUGCCGCUUGUGGAUGAUGACGAUGACGAGGCGGAGGCGGGACACAUUGACGAGACAAUCAUGCAGAAUGCAUCUGCGGGCGAUGAAACGAGUGACGAUGGUACACUGUAA